GUUUGAGCAUGCCGACUACGCUCGGACAUAAACAAAGGCAGGACCCUGUGCUGCAACACACUCAGCUCUCCGGGUGUUUAUAUGCUAACUGUGCCCAAUAAUUAAAGAGCGACUUCUUUCUGGAGCUAUGGAAAACGCAUUAUUGAUGCGAGUGAGUGUUUUUACCGACCAAGGAGGCAGGAAAUACAUGGAAGACGUGACCGAAGUCAUCGUCGAGCCCGAGCCGGGAGAAGAUGAGCCGACAUCGGGAGAGCCAGAAGAGACCAGCGGGGGAGACUCGACGUCCGGUUCUCUGGCUGCGGACGCGCACCCGGAGCGGACUGCUGCACCCGCUGGACCGCCGCAGGGUUCGGGUGCAUCGCGUGAGCCCGUGCAAACGGAAGACCAGUGUAUAUUAGUGGAAACGACUUUACCGGGAGGUCGGAGCCCACCGGGAGCCCAGCCGAGCCCAGCGACUCCGUCCCGCCGCUCCGUAGCGUUCUUUGCGGUGUUCGACGGGCACGGGGGUCGCGAGGCUGCGCAGUUUGCGCGAGACUAUUUGUGGGAGUUCAUGAAGAAGCAGCGGGGGUUCUGGUCGGACUGUGACAUGGAGGUCUGCUCGGCUAUACGGAAAGGAUUCAUAGCCUGCCAUCACGCCAUGUGGAAGAAGCUACCUGAGUGGCCAAAGACACUCACAGGCCUUCCCAGCACAUCAGGCACCACAGCCAGCGUGGUGUUCAUCCGUGGAAACCGCAUGUAUGUGGCCCACGUCGGGGACUCUGCAGUGGUUCUAGGGGUCCAGGAUGACCCUUCAGACCCGUUCAUCAGAGCCGUGGAAGUCACACAAGACCACAAACCUGAACUACCCAGAGAGAGGGAGCGUAUCGAAGGUCUGGGAGGGAGUGUUAUCAAAAAAUCUGGAGUGAACCGGGUUGUCUGGAAGAGACCACGCCUGAGUCACAACGGCCCAGUCCGGCGGAGCACUGUCAUUGACCAGAUCCCAUUCUUGGCUGUAGCCCGAGCUCUAGGUGAUCUGUGGAGCUAUGACUUCUACAGUGGGGAGUUUGUGGUUUCUCCAGAGCCAGACACUAGUGUGGUGACCCUUGACCCCAGAAAACACCGCUACAUCAUCCUGGGCAGUGAUGGUCUGUGGAACAUGGUGCCACCUCAAGAGGCUAUCUCCAUGUGUCAGAACAAUGAUGAGGCGAUGGCACCAUGCGGGGUAUCGAGUGCCCGGCAGCUGGUCAGCCAUGCUCUGCUGCGGUGGCGCCAGCGCAUGUUGCGUGCUGACAACACCAGUGCCAUCGUUAUCGCCUUGCAGGAGCCAGGGUCCUCCCAGGACGUGCUGCACCAUGAGGAGGUGCUGCUGGACUUAGCCAAGGUGUCCCAGUGUCCUCCCACCUCCAUAUCUCGCGCUGACACUCCUCUCCUUCAGCGGUCUCUCGAGGAGGACUCUCCCUCGGCCAUGUGUGACCUCCUCCCUGCCUUGGAGCGACGGGACGGCCUAUCGGGGAGCAACAGCCUGUACCACAUGGAUCUGUCUGACCUGUUCACUCUGUGUCCAAACGGUGGCGCUGAGUUGCCCAGCCAGUCCCGUCCCGCUGGCAGGAUCCCCAGCAGCAAAAGAACUAUUGACGGGCCCCCAUCAGGCCAGACGGCCAAGAAGGCCCGCUGCAGGACUGCUGACAGGCUGCCGCUGGUCCAACACAACACAGAGAAGAAACAGAAGGAGUCCAAUAACGCCUCGCCCAUUCUCCAGCAGCAUAACAAGACCACAGUGUGUGUGUGCUGAAACCAACACACACACACACACACACACACACACACACAUCAACCUGCAGCCUUCCACAGCCCACCUUGUCUCCAGUUUCUGUCCCUGAUGUUUGCAAAGUGUCCCACACAUUCUCACAGUGCAAACCAGCUUUGCUGUGAAGGUUAUGGAAAAACUUGUCUUGGACGAUACACACAUGAGAACUUAAGGAGAGCUCAUUUUCACACACAAAAAAAUGAUUUUGUUUGUUUUAAAAUUUCUUCCUGAAAUGCUGAUUUAAAGGUGUCUCAAUGGUUUCUUUUACUGGUAAUUGUUGUAGGAAAUAAGUAUGACUAAUGAUGCCGGUGCAAUUAUUAUGCAUUUUACAGUUGAGUAUAAAGUAAUUCGUACUGUUCAUGUAAAACAAAUAUAUAUUUUUGUACAUUCUUUUAUUGUUCCAUGUUAAAACUUAAGUAUUAAGAUGAGCUCCACAACAGCUUCCCCCUCCUUUUCACACUCUCCAUACACCAUUGUGUGCACACCCUGGGUUUAAACCUGCGUAUGUAAUUUUAUCCUCCUCGUUUUAUUUAAUCACUGGAGAUUUGUCUUGAAUAUGAACUGAAGGUGCUGCUACAGUCACAAACCUGUAAGCUACUACAUUGUGUAUACUGAUGUAUAAAUCUGUGAUAAGUGUUGGUCUGAGAGUAUGCAUAUGACACAUCCCUGUGAGGGUCUUUAGGUUUUAAUUGCACAAUGCAUCUUACGGGGCAGAUCCACUCUCUUAAUCAUAUUACAAUGUUUGAAUUUGUAUUGAAGCACUACAGUUGAGUUUUUGGUUGUUGGUGUCAUCACUUCCUCCACCGGGUCACACAGCAGGUAGUGAUGUGUCUUUGUUUUGACUUCCUUUGGCCCUGAGUGAUCGACACUAAACCUGAUGUUUACGAUCAGGUUCAGUUGUAAACAUGUCGGGUUGUUUGACCACCUCCAGCAUGUUGGUCCUACAUCCAAGUCCAUCCUGUGUUGUGCCUCUUCCACUCUCCUGAUAGUCGUAUGGUUACUGAUGUAAGCACACAGCUCUUUUGUGAGAAAAUACACAAGGCAUGGACUUUCCAAGAGAUAGCUUUCUUUUUGUUGCACUUUUACGGUGAACUAAAUGAUCUUUGAGAAGAGUGUUGUUUUUUGUGUUGUGAAAAUGAUGCAGCUAGGAACGGUUGAUACGAUUGGAGUCUGAAAUGAAAACACAGCAAUAUUUGGAUAUUUGAACUGUAAUAAAUAGACAGGAAUAUCUGAGGAGAGUUGGCUGAACCCCUUUGCCUGGAAAAUAAUGUAAGGUAUAUGAAUGAUGUCUCAAUCUUUGUAAGACCUUGUUACGUGAUCAUGUAUUGUCAAUUAGCUAAGUGCAAUUAACAGGAAUUAGCAGCAUUGUGGAUUGCUUCAAAAAUAUUAAAGGAGCGACAAUGUUUAUAUUCGACACAUCCUCUCUGCCAUUACAGUCUGUUACUUUGCUCGGGAUCCCUGUAUGACUUUUAUAUGUUUCUCUUUGUUUUAUUUUUAUUUCACAUAAAUGUUGGUGUACUCAUGUCCAUGAUUCAGAAGGCUGUGCUAACGGCCUAAAAGUGCAUGUGUACAGUGUAAAUGUGAAAAAUACUUCUCUGGAAAUUAACCUAUUUAAAUAAAAAGCUUUCUGAAGUAAA